GGGGCUGCGUGGUCGGUGAGUUUGUCUCCGGUACCACAGGGACCCUGGCACCGGGCAGGACGUGGCGGCAUUGGGGUCUUAUUGAUCCCGGUUGGCUGUCAGUGUUUGUAGGAUCGUGAAGGAGGGCUACCAGCUCCGCCGAGGUGACGUCGACUGCGCCUCGUCCGGUUCUCCUGUGGAUGUCUGCGAGGAAUGUGUGUUUGUGCUCCUCGGUAGGGAGAAGUAAAAUGUGAGGUCGGAAAUGCUCGUCAGGGGUGGAUGAGAGGAAAAGGGGGAGGCACCCCUGUUAGCACCGCGGUGUCAAGUUAAUCACAGCGCGGUGCAGUUUCAGACAUAUUUGUCCAGCGAAGGAGUCAUCAUCCUCGGAUCAGCUCCAGCCGCCGCUUCGGGCUAAAUUAUGACUACGUGUUGUUGUCACGGAUUGAUCAACGCGUGAGGUGAGCUGUGACUGCCCCCUUCCUUUGUCUCUCCGUGCACCUGCAUGUACUGUGGGCAGCCCCGGCCCGUCGGAGAGGUGCUGUGCGCAGAGACUGUACUGCACUACGAGCACCAAUGGCUUCUGGCCCUUCAUGUCCCCCUGUUGGCCGCAGGCUCAGGCUGAAGGAGCUGCUAUUCGGGCCUCUGUUGGUCUUGCUGGUUUCUGGGUUGCAACCGGUUCUGUGUCAGAAGGUCUACACGAACACAUGGGCUGUCCACAUACCUGGAGGACAGGAGGAAGCUGAUGUAAUCGCAAAUAAACAUGGGUUCAUGAAUCACGGACAUGUAUUUGGUGAUUAUUAUCACUUCCGGCAUCGUACAGUGGUGAAGAGGUCCUUGUCUGAUCACAGAGGGACACAAGUCCGUCUUGAAAGAGAUCCCAAGGUGACUUGGGCUGAACAACAAGUGUCAAAACGGAGGAAAAAGAGGGAUGUUUUCGAAGAACCAUCAGAUCCCAAGUUCAGAGACCAGUGGUACCUUUACAACAGCAACCGCCGUGACCUGAAUGCCAAAUCUGCGUGGCAGUUGGGCUACACAGGUAAAGGAGUGGUGGUGUCCAUCCUGGAUGAUGGAAUAGAGAAGAACCAUCCUGACUUAAUGCAGAAUUACGACCCGGAUGCCAGCUACGACGUGAAUGAUGGUGACCCAGAUCCACAGCCUCGAUACACACAGCUUAAUGACAACAGGCAUGGAACACGAUGUGCAGGAGAGGUGGCAGCAGUAGCCAACAACGGGAUCUGCGGAGUCGGUGUGGCAUACAAUGCCAAGAUUGGAGGUGUGCGUAUGCUGGACGGGGAGGUGACCGACAUGGUGGAGGCCCAGUCCCUCAGUUUGAAUCCCCAACACAUCGACAUCUACAGCGCCAGCUGGGGCCCGGAGGAUGACGGCAAAACUGUGGACGGACCUGCCAAACUUGCUAAAGAAGCUUUUCUGCGUGGAGUCACAGAGGGCCGUAAUGGUUUGGGCUCCAUCUUUGUGUGGGCUUCUGGGAACGGAGGCAGGGAACUGGACAGCUGUAACUGCGACGGCUACACCAACAGCAUCUACACGCUGUCCAUCAGCAGCUCCACCCAGAACGGGAACGUCCCCUGGUACAGCGAGGCCUGCUCCUCCACCCUGGCCACCACCUAUAGCUCCGGAAACCCUAAGGAGAAACAGAUAGUGACUACAGACCUCAAAUCAAAAUGCACAGACUCCCACACAGGCACCUCCGCCUCAGCCCCACUUGCUGCUGGGAUCAUCGCUCUUGCCCUUGAGGCCAAUAAAAAUCUGACCUGGAGGGACAUGCAACAUCUGGUUGUACGAACUUCUCACCCUGCCCACCUGCUCACCAACGACUGGAGAACCAAUGGGGUUGGACGCAAAGUAAGCCAUUCGUAUGGAUACGGUCUACUUGAUGCCAGUGCAAUCGUAGCGCUGGCAGAAAACUGGACCAAUGUGAGGCCACAACGGAAAUGUGUGAUCACCAUGGUCAGUGAGCCAAGGAACAUUGGCAGCCAUUUGUCGAUUAACAUGAGCGUGGAAGCCUGCAAGGGAACAGACACUCACGUGACCUCGUUAGAGCACGUUCAGGCCCGGCUCACACUAUCCUACAACCGCAGGGGAAACCUGGCCAUCCACCUCAUUAGUCCUGCCGGCACACGCUCCACUCUGCUUCACCCCAGGCCUCAUGACUACUCAUCAGAGGGGUUUAACGACUGGGCUUUCAUGACCACCCACUCCUGGGACGAGAAACCCACCGGGGCCUGGACUCUGGAGAUUGAGAACGUGGCGGGGGCCAGUGAUUAUGGCACUCUGACCCAGUUCAUCCUGGUGCUGUAUGGCACCGACUCAGCAUCUACCAGCUCCUCUGAAAAGGCUCAGAUGGGCAAUGACAACUGUAAAACCUUGGACCUUAGGCAGAUAUGCAUCGAGUGCAAUGCCGGAUACUACCUCUUUCAGCAGGGCUGUGUGAAAGAAUGUACCGCAGGCUUCUCGGGGGGCUCUCAGCCUGUCAACUACACCGUGGGAAACUUUCUUCCACCGGUGUCCAUCCCUGCCUGCCUGCCCUGCCCACCGCCUUGCCUGACCUGCAGCAGCCUCAGCCCGCAGGCCUGCAUCUCCUGCCCCCCCCACAGCUCCCUGGACUCCUCGGGCACCUGCGUGCACCUCAACCAGUACAUGCGCGAGUCCCCCAACAGCUUCAUGGCGGGCCAGGGGAAACCGGGAGUGCAGCUCCAGCUCAGUUCGCGUCUGCCCAUCACCGUGGCCGUCCUCAGCUGCAUGGCCAUCAUCGCCACCUUCGCCGGCACCUUCCUGCUGCUGCAGCUGCGCUCGGGCGCUCUCAUCAAGCUGCCCUCUCUGGAGGCCGGCCGUGGCCUCGGGGGAGGCUUCAGCCUCGGGGGAAAUAGGGUUGUGUCGUACCGCGGGAUCCCGACAGUGUGGGGGGAUGAUGGGAUAAAUACGGACUCUGACAACGAAGAGUUCGACUUCCACAAUGAGAGGACUGCCUUUAUUAAAACACAAAGUGCUCUUUAAUGCCUCCCCCACAUCCCUCCCUCUCUCCCGCUUUUAAGAGUCUUCUCACUUUCAUUUGUGUGAUAAUUCAUGGCUGUGGUGACUGCCCUCGACCAGCCUUUUCUGGCAUUAUCUCUCACCCCUUUUCCCCUGUCUCUGUCUUACCGGGUCUCUUCUUAGUCCUGCUUCAGGAUGUACUGCAGGAGACCUGAUGAGAAUCCGCUGUCUCUCUGAGCUCGGGGAUGGCUGAGCUUUGCUCUGUUCAUACUUGGGCGCUUUUCUAUUAAACUGGCUCUCUCCCUCCUCUUGCCCUCAAUCACUAACAAUGUAUGUCCAUGCAGAGUCCAUUUCCCCCUCCAGCUCCUUUUUGUUAUAGUAAACAAAUGAUUAUUAUUUCCCCUCUCUCUCCAUCAGUCUCAGUGCAGUAGCCAGACGAGAUUGGGGUGUGUGUGUGUGUGUGUGUGUGUGUGUGUGUGUGUGUGUGUGUGUGUGUGUGUGUGUGUGUGUGUGUGUGUGUGUGUGUGUGUGUGUGUGUGUGUGUGUGUGUGUGUGUGUGUGUGUGUGUGUGUGUGUGUGUGUGUGUGUGUGUGUGUGUGUGUGUGUGUGUGUGUGUGUGGAACAGAGUACUGCCCUUUAUAGAGAAGCUGAAGCUGGUCCUGUCGCAUUCAGUACUUUAACCGAAAGUGGUAGCCAAAAAGUGUAUUACGAGGCAUAACAUGGGAUUAGGAAACAUUGAUUCUAUCUGAAGCACCAUUUAGUGACAUCAACGUCCAAUAGCUGAUCAUGAAAGCACCACUUAUCUGUAGCAAGUCACGGUGUAUUUUUAUAAUGCAAAAAUCAGAAGCAUAAUAGUUGACAAGUUAAUGUUAAUGAUUUUUAAUCCUGUGCCAGCACUCAGAGAGGGACACAGACUAAGAGCCUCUUGGCCGUCUUUCUCUUUAUGAACAGACGAUGUAAAUAAAACAUCCAUCUUGCACACUUUAAAAAAAUGUAAACAUAUUAUGCUAUUGUUGAAGGAGUAAGGGAGGCUUUAAUUCUCCUGUUGAACACAAAGUCUGGAAAGAUCUCUCUCGCAGAACAAACCGACUCGCACCACUAGCAAAGCUUCUUUCAGCCUUUAGGGAAGAUGGACUCAGUUUAUCCCGGUUCCAAAACCAUAUAUUCACCUCUCCAACCACCACCAAGUGGAAGGGAAUCAAGACUAAGAUGAAAACAAUAAACCACACAGUCCACUCGAUCAACCCGGAGGCACAAUGGCUUCCAGGGAUAUUUAAUUUCUGCGUUUGAAGUGCUCACAUCCUGGGGCGGAGAAAGAAGCAGCCGAGGCGCUGAUGGGAACAGGAACAGUGUGUGAUGCCGAGCACAACAGCUUCUCAAAGGCAGCUGUUGAGUUACCUGUGAUUGACUUCUUGACAACAGACUCAACAAAACAUAAAGGCUUUUCCUUUCUGCAGAGCACAUUAGCACUACAAUCGUAUAUUAGACACUGUGUGUGUGUGUGUGUGUGUGUGUGUGUGUGUGUGUGUGUGUGUGUGUGUGUGUGUGUGUGUGUGUGUGUGUGUGUGUGUGUGUGUGUGUGUGUGUGUGUGUGUGUGUGUGUGUGUGUGUGUGUGUGUGUGUGUGUGUGUGUGUGUGUGUGUGUGUGUGUGUGUGUGCGCCCUCUAAAGUGAAGGUUUCCUUUUCUCCUUCGCUUUAGUCUCCGCUUUCUUCUUCAAAUCUUGAAUGCUGUUCAGAUAUCGUGCGUGGAGACUCCACAUCUCAUCAGCGACUCUGCACUUACCCUCCAGUGUUCAUCUAAUCUGAAAUUCAGAUUAUCUCUUCAGCGUACUUGCCAAUUAAUUAUAUUCUGAAUGAUACUGCAGCAACUAUUUAUUCGGAGGGGUUAUUAAUCAUACCUUUAGGGAUUCUUUUUUUUAAAAAGUAAAUCCUUUUUCUCGCGGGCUGGUUAUCAUCUAAAAUGUGCAUCUCACAAUUUAGCCAUUUUGAAUACACAGCCCGCUGUUUCUACCAUGUUGAAAUUAUUAUUAUUCUUUUCAUUUCCAGCACAAAAAACGGCUCGCCGAGAGAGGUUGUCAUGGUGAUGACAUGCAUUCAAAACUGCAGCUCGUCAUCCUCUUUUUCCUUUUUUUUAUCUACCUCUCAUAUCAUCUGGUGAGGUUUCACAAGCUGUUAAAGGAGCUGUUAAAUGAUUUUAGAGGUCGAAUUACAUGUAGGUCAGUUUUGAAAAGGCUUGUCAGGAAAGAUUUAGGAGAAUAGGCACCCAAGUCAAAUUUAUGUAUUUGAAGAGAAAGAGGCAAUUGCGAUUCAGAAACUGUAAGGCCGCUGUGCAAAUGUUAGCCCGCUAUCUCUUGUGAAAUGUAUUGCCUUUAGGAUCAGCAUUCAUGGGCAGCCACUCCUGGGCUGUAAAAGUUGUUAUUGGAUAUAAAACGAGGUAGAAAGAUUGUCCAUAGAUCUUGUUGGCUGGCGUUUGAGUGCUAAAUCAUUUUUCAAAUUGUUAGGGGCGUUUGUUUUCCACAUCUCUCAUGCUAAAUUUGAACUGCAUUUUGUUCCUGUCACUGACAAUCAAAUAAUUUCCUUGUUUCCAGGGUGAGAAGGUGCACCAGCACACCAAACUAAUUGAUUCAAUUUAACCACUUUUGUUGGAAAUGCUUGUUUCAGAAGGAAUCAUUCAUAAUAACAAUAAUAUUCAGAGCUGGAUGUAAAUUGUAAAUGUAAAAGCGUGUUCGGAGAGGGAAAGAAAGAAAAACAUUAGAGAAUAAAGAGUUUUAAACCCCCCCACAUCCUGUCUCAAAGCAUGGAGAAAGAUUGGUAUGUUUGCUCUGAAACACAGCGCUGAGCCAGGGAGCUUAAUUCAUCUCUGAUGGCUGGUGCAGGUGUACUGCUUAUCGCUGCGGUUUCAGCCAGGAAACACUAAACAGGAUCGGAAACCAGCCUGAGAAAGUAGAUUCGAAGAAAGUGCCGUCAAAAAGAACAAAGCUGAUGUAGCUGCAGAAUAACGAGUGUGUUUGGCAUAGCUCUGUAUGAUGUACAUUAGUGCCUACUGCCAUUUAGGCUUCGAUUAGCCCCAGUUUAAGGUGUUGCUCAUUUCAAAAAUGUAAUAAAUACAGCCUCAGACUCCUGCAGCAACAUCUUAUUGACUUCCCAGCUUGGUGUGAAGUUCGUAAACAACAUUUAAUGGGCUCACCUGGCACCAACAUGGCUUCCAUAAAAUAUUUUUCUUAAACUCUAAUAGUGGGCUUCUUUAGAGGAACUAUAAUGUGGGACUCUGAACAAUGCAAUUAGUAUCGAUGCUCAAGCUAUCAACGUCGUGCAUCUCCCCUUUCAAAUGAUUCCUAUUGCUUCAAGGAAGAAUAAAGUUUCUCCCAGAAUGCAACGUUUGGGCGGGUGUUCAGGCAGUCCUCGUGUCCCCUUGAGUGCACACAAAGUGAUUUAUUCAUCUUUUCUUGAUGUUGUAUCCACUACAGCUUGAAAACUCAGAAAACUUUAAACUGAUGAACUCGAAGCCUUGUGCAUUCAAGUGUUCAUCUUUGAGGGAAAUCAUGAAUGCGGACAGCAUUAAGUAGGUAGUGCUUCCAAAACACACCAUUAGAAGCCAGCUCACAACUUUUACUGCUAAAACGGGAUGGAAACCGCAUACUAAGAAAAGAAAAAGGUCUCUAAUUGUGCCAGAAAGCAGCUCAUCAUUAAAAGGCUGCCACUCCACCGUCACUAAGGUGUAAAGCCUUUUAAUGUAUAAAGUAACAGGAAUCUGCUCGUUACAGAUUGUCUCGUCUGGCUAUAAGGGAUGAUGGGUUUUUUUUCUUUUUGCAGCUGAUCAUUUUCAUGCAAAGCGCGAUGUUGCUUCAGUCCUGCCUUAGGAUGUAGUCUGAAGUGAUCAAUAUGAAGUCGGAUGGGGUUUAAUAGGAGCAAUAUCUUUGGCAUAACCAAAGACAAUCAUUUUUAUGCUGUCUGUUUAGAGUUACAACGUGUUGCUUUCAGGUUGUCACGGUCCAUCGAGCCCCUUCACCCGUGUUCAAAGUGUUUUUGUUGAUCUGUCACCUCUGUUUUUAUGAUUUGAAGAUGUGCUGUGACACUUUGUAUGUUCAGCAGCUGUGGAGGGAGGAGGUAGAAUGUAUCCCAUCCCCAUUAACUUAAGGGCUCAAUCAGAUCUACGUCUGUGUGUACACAUGCUUGAUUAAGUAUAAAUGAAACACUUCGUGAUGGAGGAGGCGGCGGCCCGGUUGACCUCCUCCCGCCUCUCGGUGAGGUUCCUGGCCUGUGGCUGCACACAGUACCUGACGGAUUUGUGACCUAUGAAUAAUGUACAAGAAUGACUAUCUUACAUGAGACAUAACUCUAAAAUAAGGCCUAUUUUUGUACUAUAUGAACGGUGCAGUGUAAUUUUCUUGUAAUUUAAAGAUUUUUUCGCUCUUGUUUUUCUUCUUUUUAUUUAAUUGAUGUCAAUUAUAGAUUCUACUAAAAAAUUAAAGAUCUAUGCAAAUUUCAA